UUCUCCUCAAAUAUCGAGUAAAAUUGGCUCUGAAUUUUAUCGCUAAUCAAUACUCAUAGCUUUCGCUACCGCACUUGAUUUGUCGUGGAUUACAACCUUGACAACACUGUACAAGAUGGGCUGCAUGGGUUCCAAGGCCGUUAAUACGGCGGAUGAUAAAGAAGCUGCUCAGCAAAAUGCUAGGAUAGAAAAGUCCUUGAAAAAUGACAAAAAAUUCAUGGAUCGGACAAUAAAAAUUCUUCUUCUUGGUGCUGGUGAAUCUGGAAAGUCUACUAUUAUCAAGCAGAUGCGUAUUAUUCAUUCUGGUGGUUUCCCAGAAGAUGAGCGCCGCCAGACACGUGCAGUUAUCUAUUCUAAUCUUGUCAUUGCGUUCAAAGUCCUGUUGGAAAUUAUGCGCACAGAGGGCAUCGAGUUCGAGCACGAGAACACUAGGCCUUUGGCGGAUAUCAUCGAUAAUCUCGAACCCGACGUGGGUAACGAUGAGGCAUUCUCUGACCUAGAAGUUCGAGACGCUAUGAAUGAAAUGUGGAAGGAUAUCGGCGUGCAGAAAGCCGUCUCUAGAGGACACGAGUUUGCUCUUCAUGAUAAUCUCCACUACUUUUUUGAAUCUCUGGACCGUUUGUUCACACCUGGCUGGCUUCCGGACAAUCAAGAUAUGCUGCAGGCUCGCCUUCGAACGACGGGGAUCACGGAGACUCUCUUUGAACUUGGUCAGAUGAACUUCCGAAUGAUGGACGUGGGUGGACAGCGAUCAGAAAGGAAGAAGUGGAUUCAUUGUUUUGAGGGCGUCCAGUGCCUGCUCUUCAUGGUUGCAUUGUCGGGAUAUGACCAGUGUCUGGUUGAGGAUCAAAAUGCUAAUCAAAUGCACGAGGCGAUGAUGCUCUUUGAGUCUUUGGUAAAUGGUGAAUGGUUCAAGCGGAAACCUAUCAUUUUGUUCCUUAACAAGAUUGAUCUCUUCAAGGGGAAGCUCCAGAUUUCACCCAUUUCGAAGCAUUUCCCCGAUUACAAUGGCUCAAACAUGGAUUUUGAUGCUGCCACCAGCUACUUCUCUGAUCGCUUCCGAGGAAUUAACCGCAUCCCUGACCGUGAAAUCUACAUCCACCACACCAAUGCCACAGACACAACGCUGUUGAAAGCUACCAUGGAUUCGGUACAGGAUAUGAUUAUCCAAAAGAACCUCCACACUCUGAUUUUAUAAGUCUCCUUCGAUUGAACGAUUGGUUUUCAUGAGGUUUUCCGCGACCAUGAGAUUCCCACUUUCUCUACUUCUAUGAUUUCGUGUUGCAUUCAACUGAGCGUUUGAUCUCUAACUUCUUUGCAUAUUCUUUUUUCUUUGAUUGGGCCUCUUUUAUCUAUAUAUUCUGUUCUUGCAUUCACACUCAGUGAGUGAGAGAUCUGCUGAAUGCGGUUUACUUGCAGCCACGCUCUUUUUGGUUAAAGGCUAUACUCCCUGCAGGCUUUUAUUUCUUCUGGUUCAGCGAUUGGUUCAUUUCCUAAUAAUGUCAGUUGAUACCAUCAAUUUCUGAUGUCUGUGUCAGGGUUUUCUGGCAUACCUAACGAUUUCUUUUAUCUUCUCUUGUACUAUUCACU